UGAGUAGGUUGUGUGCUAGUUGUCUAAGUGUGUGGUGCAUCAUAGCGGUUGCUGGUCCUUUGGAUUUCCUCCUUUGCCAUGGGUUUGCCUUUUGGCAUUUGGCCUAUAUUCAUAGGUCUUAUCUGGGUAGCAGAAGCUCUCCCUACAGGAGGCCCUGGCAACUCCCUCCAGCUCAGAAAUCCUCAACAUGCUAUUGGUAUGGCUGGGAAUCCACCUGCUAGUGAUGAGAUCCUCAACAUUAACCAAGAGCUCAUUCCUCCAGAAGCACCGGAAAGCAGCUUCCUGCUGGAGGGGGACAUCGUCAAGGAGAGUCCUUUCAGAGUGUUUUCAUCUGCAAGCCCAAAAUGGCCAAAGAGAAGAGGAACUGUCCAAAUUCCCUACAUCAUCUCCUACAAAUAUGACAAGCCUAGUGUGAAGAUCAUCAAGGAAGCAUUUGCAGACUUUGCAAAGUUCACAUGCGUCAAGUUUGUCCCAUACUCAUACCAGAGAGAUUUUGUCUCCAUCAUGCCGAUGGCUGGGUGCUUCUCCAGCGUUGGACGCACUGGUGGGAUGCAGGUGGUCUCCCUAGCACCUGCUUGCCUCAGAAGGGGGAAAGGGGUGACUCUGCACGAACUCAUGCAUGCGGUGGGUUUCUGGCAUGAGCACUCCAGGGCUGACCGGGACAAGUACAUUAGCAUCUCCUGGAACGAAAUCUUGACUGGCUUUGAAAUUAACUUCAUGAAAUCCUGGAAUAGCAACAUGUUGGUGAAUUAUGACUAUUCCUCAGUCAUGCACUAUAGCAGGUAUGCCUUUAGUAUGACAGGCUUGCCCACCAUCAUACCACUCUCCGAUCCUCAUGUUGCUCUUGGACAGAGGUGGAAUCUGAGCAGUUCGGACAUUGCCAGAGUCAACAAACUCUACAAAUGUUCUCCGACUCUGACAGAACCAGAAAGCCCAAUGGAAAGUACCACCCAAGAGACUAUAACAGACUUCCUCUCAAAUGAGCUGGAACCUUGCCCAACAGAAGGGGAAAUCAAAGUAUCCACCCCCUCUCCCACUGCAGGAGCCUCCUCUCCAGGAACCAAACCCCCUGAAACAGUCCAAUCUGCAAGGGGGCCCUCUAGACAAACGACAAGUGCACCCAGAGCAGGGACAGAGGAGCUCAUGGGCAGAACUCCAAUGGAUGGUGAAGGCCUAAGCGUCUCACUGGCUGGACACCCUAUAAUGGAGUCAGAGACAUUUGAACCUACAAGGCUGUCUACCCAUGGCAUGACUUAUCUGGAGGCUACUGGGAAGUCCCCUCUGCCUCACAUGGAAAUGGGGACUAUAGGUGCUGAGAGGAAACCUCUGAUUCCUACAGAGGAAACUUCACUCCUGGGAACGGAAUCCAUUAAAGAGCCUGACUUUACUACAGUAUCAGCCCCUCCUUUAAGACUUGCUUGGCUCUCUGAAGUGACAAAUCACCAUGGGAAGGCAGUGGAGGGACUAAAUACUACUGAAAUUCCUACAGAUGCUCUUGCAGGGCUUGAAUUCCCAGAACUGGUAUCUCCUGCUAGAGUUGCCCCUGUGGAGACCAGGGGCACCAGGCCAAGUGAUGUGGGAAUAGCAGAGACUACAAGCAUCCAAGGAACAGAACUGGCCUAUCGCUCUACCUAUGUGGCACAGAAGGGGCCCUCUCCAGCAACUGAAGUUGGAGUGGUGACCUUGUCUUCAAACCAAACACAGUCUCUGGAGAUUCAACCUGAGUUGGCCACAGCAGAGAUCACUCUCCCCUCAGAGGAGAGUUUAGUGACCUAUACAGCAGUAUCUCUAUCUCUGGGACCAACCCCCCCUGAGCAAGUAAGUGUCACAGAAACCCCACAUCCAACCAGCACUGAGAAAUGGACCACUAACCUAGCCAGACUGCUGAGUGCCAAAUCCAUACCCACCAGGACCAGGUCUGCCCCAACUUGGGAGACUCUAUCUGCAGAAACAGAGACUCUCACUCUGAGGUAUGCUACAGAGCAGACUUCUCUGCGACCCCCUGUACAGAACUGGACCAGCAGCCCAACUAAGCAGGGAAACCGGCCUGCAAGCAGCCAGGUAUACAGCCCAGGGAGUCAUGAGCAAAGCACCCUUGCCAUUCCUACCAGUGGCAUUACAGAGACUGAGCCCACAGAAGAGAUGCAACCUACAUCAUUAACUACCUCCUUUGAGAUGGUUCAGAACCACACAAUCCACCCAGUGGAAAUAGGCGUGCAGGGGGCCACAACUAGGCAGAAAAAAGGUACAGCCUUGCCUUCAUCAGGAAUUGAAACCUCCUAUCUAGCACCUCCUACAAAAGCUACCACCUCCAUGGAGACCCAAACCAAACUGGGAUUUGUAGCAGCCACAAACGUCAAAGCCAGCUACCGAGAUGGCUCUCCUAGCAUAACAGAAGGGACUUACUUUCCAGUGACCAAAGUGGAAGAUGCUAAGUGUGCUACAGAAGCAGAGACCCUUCCAGUGGAUUGGGGCUCCCAAGCCUCUGAACCAGCUGAGAUUGGAAUGCAAGCAACUAAAACCAACUACAGAAAUAAAGAGAGGGUGCACAUUGAUACAUUAUUUCCUGUUGGGGGAACAUCACCCACAUACACAACACCCUCUCUGGGGGCUUCUGAAAACCCAAUAACAAACCCACCCAACGCACAACCUACAGAAGCCACAAGAAGUGAGGCUAGAAACCAAGCUACCUUGUCCACCAGAAGCUCACCGGAGAUGGGGGUGCAAGAAGCCAGUAACAUUCCUCCAAACAGAAGGAGAGGACUAACCUAUACACCUGCUUCUGUGUCAGCCUCCUCCACAGCAACUGCAUUUAGGUUCAUGGAAUGUCCGACAAGGAAAGCAUCAGGCCUGGGAACUCCAGUGGCUCAAGCCAGCAGACCAAGUGAGAGGGUAACUACAGGAGUCUCACCUGCUUGGACAGAAGCUAAAGACCAAUUUAGCUCUUCUGGAACAAGGGAGGCAACUCUCUUUCCAAUGAGCAGAGCUACAGAAAAGCUGUAUUCUACCCAGAUUAUCGAGUCUCCAGAGUCUGCCACCCUACCUGAGGUGGAGAUAAAGGAACACAGUGUCAGUUACAGGAUGGAGGUAGGACUAGUCACACUUACCCCUCCACAGUCAAGACCAAGGACUGCACUGGUGCCAUCUAUAGAAAUGCCUAAGCUGACAGUUCCUGAGAAACUGACCCCUGCCCAUACUGAACCCACAACUAACCAAGCCCAAACCGGUAUAAAAAAUACCAGUCUAUCCUUAGUGGGUGAGAUGCCUUCCUUACAAACAGAGCCCACCAAAGCAGCAUAUCCUACAGAGGGACCCUCACAGCUGCAGGCUUCACCUCAGACUUUUGGCUCAAUUGAACAAAGACUCAAAACUUCAAGUAAGCAACAAAUGCAUGCAGCUGUGAGUUCUGGGGAAAGCCUGACACCCCUGGAAGGGAUUCCUACAGCUUCCAUGUCUGCAUGUGAGCUGUGCCAUUCUACAAAAGCUCUAUCUACUCAAGCUUCUGAGACCCCUACACAGAGACUAGAGGAGGUUAAAGGAAAAACCUUCCCUCUCCCCAUGGGAACAACACUGCCUGCAGAAAACACAACCUACAUGACCCCUUCUGCCAUGGAAACUUCAGAGAGUCCUGUAACUGAGCUACAAACUACAGAAGCAUCAUUAGCUCAACCACCUCACUCUACCCAUGUAGAAGGAACAAGCUUUCCCACAGCCAACCCAUCAGAAGUUGUGAACACUCCUGAGACACCAACCACUCACUCUAUUCUCACCUGGGAACCCAUAGCCCAAGUAGGGUAUAAAAAGCAAAUGACUUGGUUCCCAAAGACAAGCCCAUUGAAUGCAGAGCAUUUGACUAAAAGAACCUCUUUGGAGGAUACUGCUGAGCCAGGGCUUGUGGAAACGACUGGCACCGGAAUGGAAGCUGAAGAACAUGGUUCUCCAGUAGAGAGAACCUCCCCUGCAAUGAGUGAAGCCCCAGAAGUAACAUUCCCUCCAGAGACUUCACCCAUUUCAGCUGAGUUGGUUGUUCAGGAAGCAAUAAGCACCCCUAGAAAGGGAAGCAGAUGGGUCAGUCACACAGCUCACUCCAUAGAGAGAAUUUCACUGGCUGCAACUGAACCCACAUAUGUAAUGGUCCGUGAGGAACCUGGCAACCCAGCAAUCAGCACUGAAGCUGGAAACCAGCUGAGAUUGUCCAUAUCCAGCAGCAGAACUGAGAUGGGCUCACCUCUGAAUCCUUGGGCUCCCAAGAAGGAAGGAAGACUCAGCCCUACGGUCCCUUCUGCAGGAAGAAUAGAGUCCCGAGAAGUGGAGCCAUCUCUCAAGAGCAAAGCCAUGCUCCUUCAGGGAAGUAGGCUCAAGAAAGGCCUGUUCCUCUGGAAACAAACCCAGCCAUUUCUGGGAAUGAAAUCUACUGAAUUGGUGACAACCACAGAAGAAUCUCCACUCCUUACUGAGACCUGGCAGCUGCACCAAGCGCAGACAAGUACCAAUGCUCCUGCUAUGCUGUCCCUAAGAACAGAACAGGUCACAGGGGCUCAUCCUGCUAGGGAGGAGACCUCUCUGCUCCCUCCACAACUGACUCCUGCCUCCCCUGAGUCAAACAAGCUUAUGAGCUACAGAGCAACACCUGCCACAAGCCUCUAUGGAGAGGAGGCUGCACCAAGUAUCUUGGCUGUCAAGAGAGCUCCCUCAACAAGAACUACCAACCUCCAACCUCUAGAAGAGAGCAGGACAAGCCGCCCGGUUGAAAGGGGAGUACAGGAGGCUGACAGCCAUGGGAAGAAAGGUAGCAAGUACAGUCAUACUCUUGCCAGGGAGAGUUCGCCUGCAGGAACUGAACGGUCUUGUAAAAUGGUGCUGGCUGCAAAAGCAACAGGGGAUGAAGGGAUGGGGACAGCAACGCACGUGCAAGGAACGGAAGGUAGAGAGCAGCAUGCUGCCCCUGCAACAGAGGGAAUGCUACCUGUGGACACUGAAACAACAGAAGGCUUGGCCCCCUUUUCAGAGGCACUUGGGACUCAAACCACUAAUGCCGUUGAGGUGGUGGGUACAAGAGAAGCCCCAAGCAGCCCCAGAAAAGGGGGCAGAGGAGAAAUGUCUAGGCUGACUCCCACUGGAAUGCCAGCUGCAGCAGUUGAGAGACACGUGGAACCUUCAAAAGGAACGUCCGCCACAGGGCGUCUUGAGACCCAAACCAUCAGCCACCUGGAGUUGGCAACAAUGACGAUCCCGUUCAGCCAAAGGAAAGCUUGUUCGACAACCGAAGAAACUAACUCGCCAAUGACUGAAGUGGUGUACAGACCAUUCCUGGAGGCUCCGACCAAACCCACUACCCGAGCUGUGCUGGGGCUGCAAGAAGCCCAGAAGAGCCCCAGAAAGCAGGGUAGUGUGUCCAUUCCUGCAGAGGGAACUAAAGCCACACAUGUAAUGCCCUCACUGGGGCCUUGGGCGUCUCUGGAAACAAACCCAAGCACUGGGACAGCAAAUCCUACAAGCAUGGGUGCUAGCCUCCACAACACCACACCUGUUCUCAGCACGUCAACUGAGGUGAAUGGGCAAGAAGCCACAAGCAGCCAUGGACAGAGAAAGGGAGGACACCCCUACGCUGCCACUCCUGCUGGCACGUGGCCUGUAACAAGGGAGUCGGAACACAGAGGGCAGAGAACCCUCGUUCAGGAGACCCAAUCCAACAGCCCACAUGGGAGAGGCACAACAGAAACCACAUCAACUCAGGCCAGAGCCCCAAACCUCCCUCCCAUCGAAGAGGGAACUCCCAUUGCAGACACAGCUACUGAAGUCAUGCGUUCCACCAGGGUGAUGCUGCCGCUGGAGGCUCCUGAAAAUAAGACAGCUAGCCUAAGAGAGGUGGCAAUAAAGGAAGAAACUAGUAGUCAUCAAGAGGAAGGUGGCCUGUCUACUACCCAGCCUCCACCUUCAGGCACCCUAAGCACUGAAACAGCUGAGCAAGUGCAGUCUACACAAGUAAAUGAGCAGACGCUUCCCGAGAACUGGCCCACCAGUCACCCUGAACAGGGGACAGGCAAACCCACAACUGACACCACCCAAACAGGUGGAGAAAAUACCAGUCUAACCUCAAGGGGUGGGGGGCCUUCCCUAGAAGCAGUGACCCACUGGUUUGAUCUUGCAGAGGGCACCUCACUGUGGCAGGCUUCACCACACCAAACUUUCAGCCCAGCUGAACUUCAAAUAGAAACUCUAAGCAGCCAAGAAACACCUGCCACGAUCCUCCACAGGGAAGAAUAUGGCCAAAACCCUAAGUCCCCAGAAGGGACGCAACCCGCAGAAACAGAAGCGUUGGAACAACUAGGGCUCUUUACAAAGACUGUAUCCAUGCAGUCUCCUGAGACCCCAACACAGAGACUAGAGGUCAGUGUCUUCCACAGGAAGAGAGGCAGUGGAAAACCCUCUCUCCUCUCCAUAGAAACAACACUUUCUGCAGAAAGUGAGACUGACAUGGCAUCUUCUCCCAAGAUAGCACUUGGUAUGGAAGCUUUGACAGGUCAAACUGAGCUGGGAACUGCAGAAGUUUCACUAGCCCAGCUGCUUGGCUCCUCUACACCUGCAGAGAGAGCUCGCUUUCCAGGGGCUGAAGCGACAGAAGCUGGGAACUUUAUUCCCAGCAACGGUACAGAGACUCAAACCAUACUCCCAGGUGAGACCAGGGAACUAAUUCCAACAGCAAGGACUCCAUCUGCAGGAACUGAAGCCACAGGACAGUCUUAUUCCACCACAGUGGGGACCACAGUGAAGGCUGCUGAGACCCCUAGCAGCCCAAGUGAGAGGAGGGGGUACACAGCCACAGGUGGCAAUAGAAAGAAAAAUGGAGAACAAGCCUAUACCCAUUCUCCUAUUGGAAGCAUGUCUUCUGCAAGAAGUGACACAACUCAUGCCAGUCCCUUUGUGUGGCCUCCCUACAACCAAACUUCACUGGCUUCCACAGUGCCUGUGAAGACUCCAUUUGAGUCUGGCGCUCAAUCUCCUCUUGGAGGAAUUCCACCUGGAGAAGUGGAACCUACAUAUAUUGGAUCUUCCCUUGAGACCCAAACUGCAAGCCCACCAGCAGGGGGUAAUGGCGGGAAAUACACCUCCAUCAGCAGAGAGAGUGUAACACCAGCGGGUCACUGGGAUCUGGGAAAUGAAAUCUCUGCCCUAGAACAGCACUCCGGUCUAUCUGAGAAAUGGGCUCUCAACACCACCAAACUGGCCAACGGUGAACUGUCAACCCCACAAGCACAGGUUCACAGAGAGAACACUACCACCAGCUCUGCAGCAGGAGUGAUGCCAGCCCCAGGCCCUAAAGAAGCACAUGGCAUAAAAGUGACACAACUGAAACGGGCUUUUCAAAAGCACCCCAGUGACCUGUUUGCAGUGGACCCAGAGCUCCUACACCUUGUUGGCAAGAGGUCCUUGCCAGAUACAGAGGAAAGCCCAGCCCCACCCCAUGACAGCAAUCCAGACCUCAAAGUGAUUACCCCAACCCAUGGACACCAAAAAAUGCAGAGUCCCCUGUUUUCAAACACUCUAGAAAAACCAAGGGCAAAGGUUCUAGAAGCAUUCCAAAAGCAGCAUGCCCUGUUGCCAGAGUUUCAAAUGUCCCCUGUCACUGGAUUAUAUCCAGCUGCAAAAGAGAUCAGGAGUGUUCCUUGGGGGCUUGAGACCAGUACCUCUGAUUCCACUCCUGACCAUAAGCAUGGGCUCUUCAGACCUAGAGAGCUUCUCUUCACAGGCAGGAAAAAGGCAACUAGCCAGACUCCAUUCCUGCUUUCUGCCAAAGCCGUGCAGGCACCAGCACCCCCUGCCAUGGACAAACCUAUUGCAGCUCCUCCACAAUCUGGCUCUGGUAAACGUGCACACCACAGCCUACCAGCUCAAAGGGCUACAGUGCAGCCUGGCUGGCAGGUCUGUGACUUUGAGAAGGACUUGUGUAGCUGGCAGCAGAGUGAUACUGAUGACUUUGACUGGAUACUUGCUGGGGAGAGACCUUCUGCUAGAUCAGCGAUUGGCAACCUCUCUGAAGAAACCCAUUAUUCUUCCUCCAGGGGUGGUUACAUCUCCCUGAAGUCCCCUUCUGCCAGGCAAACCACAGGACAAAAGACUUCUCUAAUCAGCCCCAUCCUGCAUAGGAUUGGAUGCAUCCACUUCUGGUACAGUCCACUGGGCUCUGCCAUGGGCACAAUAAACAUCUAUAUCAAGUUGGCAGAUGCCCCUGAGUGGCACAGAAUCUGGUCUGCUGAGGGGCAGCAGGGCACAGACUGGCAUCAAGUAGGCGUGGAGGCCUCCGAGUCACAGAAGCUGCAGGUUAUGGUGGAAGGCGUCAUUGGCCCAGACGCAGGGAGUGAUGUUGGCAUUGAUGACCUGGCUGUCUGUGUGGCAGAGUGUCAGGGAAGCUGUGACGAGCUGAUUGCUUUAUACAAAAAGUGAAAUGAGCAACAAACUAAAUAAAGGUUUUAAAGUGCAAAA